GUGGCGGUACUGCGGGUGACAACGGUCAAUAAUGAAGGUGGCUGCGGCGCGGCAGCAGACUCAGCUGCGCCGGGUGGGGGCGGCGCCGAGGACGCGCCUGUAGGACCUCGGAGCCGGCGCGGAAGAUGGGGCCCCAGCGCGGGGAGUGAGGCGGCCGCGGCGAGCGCAACUUCAGCCGGAGGGGCUCUCCCGCUUUUCCCUCCGGCUCGUUAGCCUCCACCUGGAGCCCCUCGACCCCCGCGUCCCGCGGGACGGGAACGGCGACGGAAGGGGCAUGUGGCGCUGGGUCCGGCAGCAGCUGGAUUCUUGUCUGUGGCCUCGGAAUUGUAAACCCACUGCUUCUGAUGUGCUGAGGACCCAGGAAGCCAUCUUCAUUGCCAUUGUUGUUUAUGAUUGGUUUUGACCCACCACAUCAAAGUGACACAAGAACUAUUUACAUAGCCAACAGGUUUCCUCAGUAUGGCCAUUAUACACCUCAGAAAUUUAUAGAUAACCGGAUCAUUUCAUCUAAGUAUACUGUGUGGAAUUUUGUUCCAAAAAAUUUAUUUGAACAAUUCAGAAGAGUGGCAAACUUUUAUUUUCUUAUUAUAUUUUUGGUUCAGCUUAUGAUUGAUACACCUACCAGUCCAGUUACCAGUGGACUUCCAUUGUUCUUUGUAAUAACAGUUACUGCCAUAAAGCAGGGUUAUGAAGAUUGGUUAAGACAUAUCUCAGAUAAUGAAGUAAAUGGAGCUCCUGUUUAUGUUGUUCGAAGUGGUGGCCUUGUAACAACUAGAUCAAAAAAUAUUCGGGUGGGUGAUAUUGUUCGAGUAGCCAAAGAUGAAAGUUUCCCUGCAGAUUUGGUUCUUCUGUCCUCAGAUCGACUUGAUGGUUCUUGUCACGUUACAACUGCUAGUUUGGAUGGAGAAACUAACCUGAAGACACAUGUGGCAGUUCCAGAAACAGCAGUAUUACAGACAGUUGCCAAUUUGGACACUCUUAUAGCUGUGAUAGAAUGUCAGCAACCAGAAGCGGACUUGUACAGAUUCAUGGGACGAAUGACAAUAACUCAACAAAUGGAAGAAAUUGUAAGUUAUUUCUUCUCGUUUUACAUCUCCCUUAUGGAGAGAAAUUCAAACAGCAAGAAGACCCCAUGCUCCAAGAAGUAUGCAAUACCUCUGGGGCCAGAGAGUCUCUUGCUUCGUGGAGCCAGAUUAAAAAACACAAAAGAAAUUUUUGGUGUUGCUGUUUAUACCGGAAUGGAAACUAAGAUGGCAUUAAAUUACAAAAGCAAAUCGCAGAAACGAUCUGCAGUAGAAAAGUCAAUGAAUACAUUUUUGAUAAUUUAUCUAAUAAUUCUUAUUUCUGAAGCCAUCAUUAGUACUAUCUUGAAAUAUACAUGGCAAGCUGAAGAGAAAUGGGAUGAACCUUGGUAUAACCAAAAAACAGAACAUCAAAGAAAUAGUAGUAAGAUUCUGAAAUUCAUUUCAGACUUCCUUGCUUUUUUGGUCCUCUACAAUUUCAUCAUUCCAAUUUCAUUAUACGUGACAGUGGAACUGCAAAAAUUUCUUGGAUCAUUUUUUAUUGGCUGGGAUCUUGAUCUCUAUCAUGAAGAAUCAGAUGAGAAAGCUCAAGUCAAUACUUCUGAUCUGAAUGAAGAACUUGGACAGGUGGAGUAUGUAUUUACAGAUAAAACUGGUACACUGACAGAAAAUGAGAUGCAGUUUCGGGAAUGUUCAAUUAAUGGUACAAAAUACCAAGAAAUCAAUGGUAGACUAGUAUCCGAAGGACCAACACCAGACUCUUCAGAAGGAAACUUAUCUUAUCUUACUAGUUUAUCCCAUCUUAACAAUUUAUCUCAUCUUGCAACCAGUUCCUCCUUUAGAACCAGUCCUGAAAAUGGAACUGAACUAAAUAAAGAACAUGAUCUCUUCUUUAAAGCAGUCAGUCUCUGUCACACUGUGCAGAUUAGCAGUGUUCAGACUGAUAGCAUUGGUGAUGGUCCCUGGCAGUCCAACUUUGCACCUGCCCAGUUGGAGUACUAUGCAUCUUCCCCAGAUGAAAAGGCUCUUGUGGAAGCUGCUGCAAGAUUUGGCAUCGUGUUUAUUGGUAAUUCUGGAGAAAUUAUGGAAGUUAAAACUCUUGGAAAACUGGAACGAUACAAGCUGCUUCAUAUUUUGGAAUUUGAUCCAGAUCGUAGAAGAAUGAGUGUAAUUGUUCAAGCACCUUCAGGUGAAAAGCUUUUAUUUGUUAAAGGCGCUGAAUCAUCAGUUCUCCCUGCAUGUAUAGGUGGAGAAAUAGAAAAGACGAGAAUUCAUGUAGAUGAAUUUGCUUUGAAAGGGCUAAGAACUCUGUGUAUGGCCUAUAGGCAGUUUACAUCUAAAGAGUAUGAGGAAAUAAAUAGACGUUUAUUUGAAGCCAGGACCGCCUUGCAGCAACGGGAAGAGAAAUUGGCAGGUGUCUUCCAGUUCAUAGAGAAAGACCUGAUAUUACUGGGAGCUACAGCAGUAGAAGACAAACUACAAGAUAAAGUUCGAGAAACUAUUGAAGCUUUGAGAAUGGCUGGUAUCAAAGUAUGGGUACUUACUGGGGAUAAACAUGAAACAGCUGUUAGUGUGAGUUUGUCAUGUGGACAUUUUCACAGAACCAUGAACAUCCUUGAACUUCUAAACCAGAAAUCAGACAGUGAAUGUGCUGAAAAAUUGGGGCAGCUUGCCAGAAGGGUUAGAGAGGAUCAUGUGAUUCAGCAUGGUCUGGUGGUAGAUGGGACCAGUCUAUCUCUUGCACUCAGGGAGCAUGAAAAGCUAUUUAUGGACGUUUGUAGAAAUUGUUCAGCUGUAAUGUGCUGUCGUAUGGCACCACUACAGAAAGCAAAGGUAAUAAGACUGAUAAAAAUCUCACCUGAGAAGCCAAUAACAUUGGCUAUUGGCGAUGGUGCUAAUGAUGUAAGCAUGAUACAAGAAGCACAUGUUGGCAUAGGAAUCAUGGGUAAAGAAGGAAGACAAGCUGCAAGGAACAGUGACUAUGCAAUAGCUAGAUUUAAAUUUCUCUCCAAAUUGCUUUUCGUUCAUGGUCAUUUUUAUUAUAUUAGAAUAGCUACCCUUGUACAGUAUUUUUUUUAUAAGAAUGUGUGCUUUAUCACACCCCAAUUUUUAUAUCAGUUCUACUGUUUGUUUUCUCAACAAACACUAUAUGACAGCGUGUACCUGACUUUAUACAAUAUUUGUUUUACAUCCCUGCCUAUUCUGAUAUAUAGUCUGUUGGAACAACAUAUAGACCCUCAUGUAUUACAGAACAAGCCCGCCCUCUAUCGAGACAUAAGUAAAAAUCGUCGAUUAAGCAUGAAAACAUUUCUUUAUUGGACCAUCUUGGGUUUCAGUCAUGCCUUUAUUUUCUUUUUUGGAUCCUAUUUUCUCAUAGGGAAAGAUAUAUCUCUGCUUGGAAAUGGCCAGAUGUUUGGAAAUUGGACAUUUGGCACCUUGGUCUUCACAGUCAUGGUUAUUACAGUCACAGCAAAGAUGGCUUUGGAAACUCAUUUUUGGACCUGGAUCAAUCAUCUUGUUACAUGGGGAUCUAUUUUAUUCUAUUUUGUGUUUUCUUUGUUUUAUGGAGGGAUUCUCUGGCCAUUUUUGAGCUCCCAGAAUAUGUACUUUGUAUUUAUUCAGCUCCUAUCAAGUGGUUCUGCUUGGUUUGCCAUAAUCCUCAUGGUUGUUACAUGCUUAUUUCUUGAUAUUGUGAAAAAAGUAUUUGACCAUCAGUUCCAUCCUACAAAUAUUGAAAAGGCACAGCUUACUGAAACAAAUUCAAGUAUCAAGUGCUUGGACUCCAUGUGCUGUUUCUCAGAAGGAGAAACAGCGUGUGCAUCUGUUGGAAGAAUGCUGGAGCGAGUAAUAGGAAGAUGUAGUCCAUCCCAUGUCAGCAGAUCAUGGAGUGCAUCGGAUCCUUUCUAUACCAACGACAGGAGCAUCUUGACCCUCUCCACAAUGGACUCAUCUACUUGUUAAAGGGGCAGUAGUACUUUGUGGGAGCCAUUUCAACUCCUUACCUAAAACUGAGUGUGAGCAUCCUGGUAAUGGCCACACUACCUCUGUGGAAUUACUUUCUGAAAUCUCUGAAGUAGUUCAUGCCCACUCAGACUUAUAAUGGCAAACAAACAAAAAAUAUUACCAUGCACCCAUGUCAGCCACCCUCUUAAUUUAAACAUGUUAAAAUUUGUAAAUAAAGAGACGUUUUUCAUCUCUUUAUCUGGGUUGUCCCCAUGUGUUUAUGGGACUCCUAAUGGCAUUUCAGCCUUUUCCUAAGGCCACUCUAUUUUAAUAUCAAGGUAGAAAAGGGAGCUAAUUCCUAGUUAAUUGUAUUUUUUAGUAUUAGCUUGGUAAUUGAGUCUUCUAUUUAAAUCUGCUUCUGUAAAUUAUGCUGAAAAGUUUGCCUUGAAAACUCUAUUUUUUUAUUAGAGUUAUAUUUGAAGCUUUUCAUGGGAAAAGUUAAUGUGAAUAGUAAGGAAUUUUGGUCCCUCGGUGACCCAUGUUUGUUAAUUCUUUAGUGCUUUCUAAGUUCACAGAACAAAUUAGGAGAAUGCAUUUCCAACCAUUAUUACUUGCACUAUGGAUAGUAUAGAUAAAUAUAUAUCAGUUCCAAACUUUCAGUGUACUGUAACACAACCAGUUAAGUUAACCAUAUACAUGCAAAAAGGUAUACCAUAUCAUAUAUAAAUCAAGUCCAUUCACCAAAUUUCAAAUUAAUAUUUACUAUUUUCAUGACAAUGUAAAGAACCUGUAGUGGGUAAAUUAGACACAUUUGCAUAUUACUUAAUGUGUUUAUCAUUGGAUCUUUUGCAUGCUUUAAUCUGGUUAAUAUAUGUCAGUUUGCUUUUUCUUGUCUAUCUGAAGGCUUUGUUUAUAGUAUUUUACAGUGCUGUUGUGAAGUCCAACUAUAUCAAUAAAAAACAGUUUGGAAAGUAUUCAAAUAUUGCAAAUACUUUUAAUUAUAUGAAUCAAAAUUUUAGGAUAAUUAAAUCAGUAAAAUGAGAAGAGCCUCUUUUGUGACUAGCUUAGAACUGCUCUUGCCUUUCAGUAAGCUAGCUGUUAGAAUAAAGAAUUUCAGAUGAGAAUCCUGUAUUUUUAGGUUAGUAUGUUAUCUAAGUUACAGCAGCCUACCACAGUAAAGUCAAGUCUACCCGGUGUCCCAUUAUAAGGUAUGGCUAUAGAAUGUAAAUGAAAUAAACUCUAAAAUGCUAAAUUAUAUGUGGUAAUGGCUGCAAUAAAUUUAAGUGCUAUAAAUGAUUAUAAUCAGGUUUGUAUGAUUGCCAUUAAUUCACUGCAGUUCAGUACUUGAUUUCCAUCCUGAAUUUAACAUGUAGAUCCAGUGCUAUCAUUUGUUUUCAUAAAAAGUAAUGUUUUAAAAUUUGGAAAUGAUUCUUAGUUUAAAACUCUUCCUAAGCAUAUGAUUGAGUACAUAUACAUUUAAAAUUGUAUGGGAAUGGUUGCCAAAGUUUUUUGAAUAUGGUAAUUCCUUUCUGUACAUUUAUUUUUUGCACAACCCUUCCACCCCUUUCCCAUUUCAUGAAUAUAAGACUUCUAGAAUUGGGCUAGUAGGGAAAGAAUCAUACAGUUAAGACUUUACCUUUGUUCACUGGUAAGCUGUUUUCUUGCCAGUAUAACAUUUGUCUGUUUCAAUAAUGCAAGGAUAUAUUAGGUUAUAAAUUUCAGCUUAAAUAUUAAUUUUUGCAAAUAGCCCAUCUUUACCUUAGAUUGGGUUUAGGAAAAUGCUGUUAUUCUGGAAAUACUAUAAAGGGAUAAUAAAAAUUUACAGUGUGUACCCUUACCACUUCAUGUUUCAGAAGAGGAAAUAUUGCAGAAAAUAUUCAGUAGAGUAUUAGUGGAUGACAAUGGCAAACUUGCUCUUAGAAUGUCUUGUAAAAUGUUCAUAUAACAAAAUGACAUUUGGUAGCCGGGCAUUGCAUCUACCUUGGUGUUUAUUUGCCAUCAAUUUAACUGACUACUAAUACUAGGGAAGGACUGCAAAGCCAUCAAGCAGUCUCUGACCAACUAUAGCAAGGCAUGAACUCAGCCAGCCUAUUUGGUGCUCAAAGUAUGAUUGAUAUAAUUUUUUGCAUUCACUAUUUGAAGUUAUUUAGGAACUUUGUAUCUGAAAAAUAGCAUCUGCUGACAUGCUUAUCCUACUCUGUUGUUCAAAACCUACUCCCUUUAAAGGAAUUCUUGCAAUUGUAAGAAAAGGAUUUUCUGUUGUUUAAGAAAGUAACAGUGUUGUCUGCAAACCUCCAAUAGUUCUGUGUGCUAGAUAGUCAUUUUGUAAAAUUGUUACUGCAUAAUGAGUAUUUGUAAAUUUUCCUCCUUGCAUAUCUCUUUAAAAUUCUUUGGAAAGUACAUGUUGAUAAUUAACUUACUCUUAUCUGCCAAAACCAGGUACGAUGCUACAUGUGUUAUUGCUAGUUACUGGUCUCAAAUCUAUUUGCUUCGCUUGCUUGUGUUUGCCUAGCCUUAAGGCUGUAGCCCUGAAGAUAGUAGCAAUCACCAAGUCAGUUUCCAAAAUUACCCAUCAGCUGCUUUACGUGACUCAGCAAUCCUGCCUCAACUUUCAACAAGCAUUAGGCUCACACUGGAAGGAAUAGAGUGUGGGCCAGGGGAACUAUAGCUACCCAGGCUUGCUAUGGGGUUGAGAAGGAAAAAGGAGAGAAUUAAGUUUUAAUUUCUCUUAACUAACCACCUCCUUGGGUCUUAAUCUCUCUGAUGUCCAGCGGCUUCCCAGACCUGAUCCAGACUCUGGCACUGUCCUGAGUAGGAGGUUAAACAGGGUCAUUUCUACUGCAUAAGAUUGUGAAAUUGGCCUUGUGUGAUAAGCUUGAGCCUCCUAUCUAAUAGGCAGGAGUCACAACCACUAAAAUAUUUACAAUUUAUACCAAAAGUUUUAAAAUACACUACUCUGAAAAGUUAUUGGGGCUGGAGAAAAGGGAAAAAUCAUCCCAUGUUUUGUGUUUUUCCUUUAAAGAUCAAAUUGGGGUGUAAGCAGGUGUUAAUAAAACUAACACACCAAAGACUUAUAUGAAACAUGUUUUGUUAUUUUUGGCCCCCCUUUAGAGACACUUUUAUCUCUAUCUAAAAUGCCUUCUAUUUUGAUAAAAACAGAACAUUAUUAAAGUGCUGUUUAUGUGAGAUAACCUGAAUGAUAUUAUUGCAGAAGAUCAUAACUAAUGAUAUGUUUGUAAUAAUGGUGAUUGUUAGAUUUUUAUGAAUAAUAUAAAUAGUUGGAAAUACUAUUGUAACAGUUUAAAAUUCUGGACCUCAGACACUGUGGCUAUCUAAUAUACCUUGUUAUCUUCAUUGUCAGUAAAUGUAGCAUACCUGUUGUGCAGCACUCAGUAAUUUUUUAAAGUUUAUGAAAUUAUAUUAAAUAAAAAAUUUCCUAUAUAA